AUGCGCUUGCCAUCAGAAAGCUCAACUGAAACCUCCAAAGGCGCCAUCAUCACCGCCCCUGACAUGCAUUUUCAGCCGAUAGAGACCUCCUUUGAAGACGCCCAUGUCUCCCACCCUGGCGGAGGGCCCGGGCUGGACCUGCACACAAGCCUCGAUCAACUCGACGACGUCUUUGGUUCGACGCCUGCAUCACCAACCGAACCAGAGGCGCCGAGCGGCUCUCAUCCCUCAGACAUGCGGCGUCUGGAAGCCGAACACACUAAUGCUGGGUACCGGGAAGGCAUCACCGCAGCCAAGGAGACGAGCAUUCAGGGCGGAUUCGACGAGGGCUUCAGUCUGGGAGCGACCAUCGGAUUGCGGGCUGGGCAGCUACUCGGCAUGCUCGAGGGCAUUGCCGAAGCGGUAAGGGGCCAAUCGGGCGAGACUUCAGGGGCGGCAGAGAGACUGCUGAAUGAGGCCAGGGACGAACUUGGCACAAGCAAGAUGUUUUCUGCAGCGUUUUGGGCGCCAGAUGGCACCUGGAACUACAACGUGACCGCUCAAGACGGCGACCAAAUUCUGUUUUCUGACGUCGCAGCCGCACACCCCUUGAUACAGAAAUGGAGCAGCAUCGUCGAUGUACAGACGAGCUUGUGGCAAAUUCGAGCGUCGAUUCUGGAUGAUGCCAGCGGGCCGCGCCUGGAGGAGACUUCGAUUGAGCUGCCACUCAACGCAUCGGCUCCCACACGACCAACGCAAUCCCUGGAUUGGUAA